GCAGAAGUGGACAGCAUUCACGUGCCCUUCUGCUGGGUAUAAAUAGGAGCAGGAGUGUAGAUCACAGACAGCAUCUGCUCACCAACCACAACCAUGGGGAAGAUCAUCUUCUACGAGGACAGGAACUUCGGGGGGCGCUCCUAUGAGUGCAGCAGCGACUGCGCUGACAUGCACUCCUACUUCAGCCGCUGCAACUCCAUCCGAGUGGAGAGCGGCUGCUGGAUGGCGUACGAGCGCCCCAACUACAUGGGCUACCAGUACUUCCUGCGCAGGGGCGAGUAUCCCGACUACCAGCGCUGGAUGGGCUUCAACGACUCCAUCAGGUCCUGCAGGAUGAUCCCCCAUUACCAAGGCUCCUACAGGAUGAGGAUCUACGAGAGAGAAGGCUUCGGAGGCCAGAUGAUGGAGUUCAUGGACGACUGUCCCAAUGUCUACGACCGCUUCCGUUACCAUGACAUCCACUCCUGCAAUGUGAUGGAGGGAUACUGGAUGUUCUACGAGCAGCCCAACUACAGAGGCAGGCAGUACUUCAUGAGGCCCGGAGAGUACAGGAGGUUCAGCGACUGGGGAGGCAUGAGCCCCAGGAUCGGCUCCUUCCGGCGCAUCAUGGACUUCCAUUAGUCAACACUUGUGAAGGAUGAUUUCAAAGUGUCCUGAUAAUUAAGAAUAAAAUCUUUUGUUAAAAAAUGA